AUGAUCAAAGUAGGAGAGACGUUCCCAAGCGGCAAGGUGCCGCUGACGAAGCAGGUUCAGCUAGAGGACGUCUUCCUCGCCAACCCCUCCCGGUUCGAUGGAGUAGCCGACAUGUGCCGCCUCUCUGAACUCAGUGCUCCCUGCCUCCUUCACAAUCUGGUUGUUCGCUUCCGAGCUGGCCUGAUCUACACCUACACAGGCCCGCUGCUCAUUUCCAUCAACCCGUUCCAACCCAUCGCAGGGCUGUACGAUGAUUCGACCAUGUCCUCCUACCGGGGCUCCAAUGUCAGCGAGAAGGACCCGCACGUGUUUGCAGCGGCGGAAAGCGCGUUGCAGUCUCUAUUUCGAGAUAAGAUGGACCAGUCCAUCGUGAUCAGCGGGGAGAGCGGAGCAGGGAAGACUGAGGCUGCCAAGUCCAUCAUGCGCUACCUCGCCUUCUGGAACAUGGAAAGCGGCGAUGGCACGGGAGGAGACAGGAGCAGCGAGGACGAGGGAGGGGAGAAGAGCAUGGAGAGAGUUUUCCUGCAGACAAACCCUCUGACAGAAGCGUUUGGCAACGCAAAGACGAUCAGGAACGACAACAGCUCGAGGUUUGGCAAGUUCAUCCGCAUCCACGUGACCAAGAGCCACCGCAUCAGUGAGGCGUACAUCGAGCACUACCUCCUUGAGAAAUCGAGGGUCACGCAUCAGGCGGAGGGGGAGAGAAACUAUCACAUUUUCUAUCAGCUCUGCGCGGGAGCAGGAGAGGACAUGCUUGCCGUCCUCAAGCUGUCGGCAGCAUCAGCCCACAAGUUCUCAAGGCAGGGCAAGUGCCUCUCCAUCCCCGGCGUUGAUGACUCCGCCGACUUCCGCACCACCAAGAACGCGCUGUCCUCCGUCGGGAUUCCACCUACAGCCCAGGAGGGGAUCUGGCGAAUUCUUGCUGGUAUCUUGCACCUCGGAGACAUCGAGUUCGGAGCGCUCAAGGACGGGUCGGGGACCAUGAACGAUGGAGCAGAGGACGUGGCAUGCCGUGUGCUCGGGUUGGAACCAGCGGAUGCUCGGACAGCGUUGUGCCAGAGGAAGAUCAAGGCUGGACUGGAAGUCUUGCAGGUCCCGAAGAGCAGGAUGGAGGCAAUCCUAUCGCGCGAUGCUGUUUCUCGCGCCCUCUACACGAGGCUCUUUGACUGGCUGCUGGAGAGGAUCAACGAGGUCCUUUCGGCUCAGGUCAGCGGCUCCUCCUCCUCCUCCUCCGUUGGAUGCAUCGGGCUCCUCGACAUCUUUGGUUUCGAGAUUCUGGAGGAGAAUGGGUUCGAGCAGCUCUGUAUCAAUUAUGCCAACGAGAAGCUGCAGAGGUACUUCAACGACCAGAUGCUUUCUAGCGAGCAGGAGGAGUACGCAGCAGAGGAGGUGGAGUGGGUCCGUGUGGACUACGAGGACAACUUGUCUGUGCUGGAGCUGCUAGAGGGAAAGCCGGAGGGCAUCCUGCCCAUAUUGGACGACCAGUGUUUGUUUGCAACAGCUACAGACUCGUCCUUCUUGCAGGUGCUCAGCAAGAAGCAUGCGUCGUCCAAGGACUUCACGCAGCCGAAGCUGAAGCACACGUCCUUCCUCGUCAAGCAUUCUGCCGGCUCCGUCGAGUAUCUCGUGCUCGGCUUCCUCGACAAGAACAAGGACCAGCUCUACUCUGACCUCACCGAGCUCCUCGCCAGCUCUCGAGUCUCCAUCAUCAAGGACAUGUUCUCCCCCUCCUCCUCCUCCUCCUCCUCCUCCUCCUCCAAGUCCCGCCAAAUGGGGAGACAACUCGGCUCCAAGGCUUCCCAGCACAUCAGCGUGUCUGCCAAGUUCCGCGAGCAGCUGCAGCAGCUCAUGAAGACGCUUGCGAGGACUCGCCCGACCUUCGUCCGCUGCAUCAAACCCAACGCGGCCAAGGCGCCGUUGCUGCUGCAUGCUGGGAUGGUCGACCACCAGUUGCGAUGCUCGGGGGUGUACGCUGCAGUGAAGAUCGCGCAGGCAGGGUAUCCUUCCAGGAUCUCUUUCCUCGACUUCGCCACCCGCUACCGCAUGCUUGUCCGCGGCAGCCACGUCAAGACCCUGGAGGAGGCGCGGGAGCAGAGCAGGAGCAUCCUGCUGGACUUCUGCUCAGACUCGUCCCUGUACCAGCUGGGGAAGCACAAGAUCUUCAUGAAGGGAGGGGUCCUGGCGCGGCUGGAGGAG